AUGCAGUAUGAAAACGAGGCUGCACACUCUCUUGAAGAUGCAAUCCGCGCCUGUGACUUAAUUUCACCUUCCGGGUCUGUGGUCACUUCAGAUCGUAGAAGAAAAGAGAAAAGGGGAUUUGUCGUUAAAAUGUCAACUGUUUUUAUUGCAAUAGACAACGCUCUUUCGCUUCUAUAUUGUUCCCUCUCUUUCUUACUUUCUCAAUCUUUCUUUCUCGUUGUUGUUCUCUUUGCCUCUCUCUUUCCCACUCUUUCUGUUCCUCUCUGUUAUUCUUUGUCUUUCUCACUCUUUCUCUUCAUCUUCCUCUCUGUUCUCUCUGUCUCUUUCUCUCUCUGUUAUUAUCUGUUAUUCUCUCUCUUCCUUUUCCUUUUCCUCUCUGUUCUUCUUUCUCUCUCUUUCUCUUCUUCACGGUACUUUUCACUCUUAUUUUCUCUCUUUUUCUUUUCCUCUUUGUUGUUCUCUCAUUCUCUCAUCCUAUCUGUUCUUCUUUCUCUCUCUCUCUCUUUCUCUCUCCCAGUUUCUCUCUCUCUCUCUCUCUCUCUCUCCGUGUUUGCGUGUGUGUGCCGUGUUCUUUCCACAUGGGAGAUCAAGGUUCUAUGA